CUUCCUUCCCUUCUCUCCUAGGCAUGCCAGGGGUCGUGACGAGUGGGAGAGUGCGGCCCUGCAGAACGCCAACACCAAGUGCAAUGGUCUGCUGCCUCUGUGGGGGCCACAGGUGCCAGAGUCUGCCUUCGCCAGCUGUCUGGCCAGGCACAACACGUACAUCCAGGACUGCACGGGUCAUCUGGAUGUGGGCUAUGUUUCCACCCUGCACGACCUGAAGCUGCUGAUCUCCCGCUUUGCUCAGGAGCGCUCCUUUAGCGAAGACAGCGGGGGAGGAGGCCCCCAGAGCAACAUGCACCUCAUCCCUUACAUCCUUCACAUGGUCGUCUACGUCAUCAACACGACAAGAUGUGUGGCCAGAGAAGAGAAAAACCUGUCCAACUUUCUCGAGAUGUCACCAGAGCGGCAAAUUGAAAACUGCUUCGAGAGUGAGGGCCCCUGCUACUGGGCCACCAUGGCACUGGCAGUGUGGUCCCCUGCCAAGUGGCGCUCCCGGCGGGUGUCCCUGGUGCGCCGCAUGCUGGUGCUGGCGCAUGCGCGGCACCUGAGCCCCCAGGGCUGCUCCGCCCUGGCCGACCAGGAGCCCAAGGAGUUUGCAGUGUACAAGCCCUACCUCCUGUACCUGGCCAUGGUGGACGGCCUGUACACCAUCAUGUUCAAGGCAGGUGGCACCGGGUAUCCGGUGAUACCGAAAGUGCCGGAUGUUCUGACUAACCCAAGUAUCGCCAUUGAUUGA